AUGGGUGAGGCCAUAGCCACAGGCGUGGCUGUCAACAGCACGGACAGCAAUGGUGUCAAGCGCGGUUCUGGAAAGCGUUCGGCCGCCACUCAUGCUGAAGAUUCGGGUUGGAAGCGCCCCAAGCUCGCUGAAAAGACGGAUGCAACCCGCUGGCGCAUGCUAGAUGACGAGGGUCGACACACCUGGCAUUAUCUCGAGGAUGACGAGGCUGUCAAAGAAUGGCCGCAGAGCUACGCCGACAAGUGGUACCUGGGCCUGCCUAUGGACCUACCCACACUCCCAGAACCCAAGAAACCUCUCGAUGCGGUCGUCAAUGGUCUCGAUUUCUUCGAAAAGCUGCAGCUACCGCCUGGUAACUGGGGCUGCGAAUAUGGCGGGCCCAUGUUCCUCAUGCCAGGUUUGGUCAUCAGCUGGUACGUGACCAAGACGCCGAUUCCAUGGCCUAUUGCUACCGAGAUCAAAAACUAUCUUUUCGCUCGCGCGAAUCCAGAGGAUGGUGGAUGGGGUCUACAUAUUGAGGGCGAGAGCACUGUGUUUGGUACAGUUUUGAACUACACCACCCUGAGGAUCGUCGGCGUGGAUGCAGACCAUCCUGCCAUGACCAAGGCCCGCGCAACCCUUCACAAGCUUGGCGGCACGACCCAGGCACCGCAUUGGGCAAAAUUCUGGCUCGCUGUGCUGGGUGUCGUGCCUUGGGACUUGGUGAACCCAGUGCCGCCCGAGUUCUGGCUGCUGCCCGAUUGGGUUCCCUUUGCCCCGUGGCGGUGGUGGAUUCAUAUGCGAAUGGUGUUCCUACCAAUGUCAUAUAUAUACUCGAAAGGAUGGCAGGGUGAGACGACGGAUCUUGUCAAAGAGCUAAGACAGGAGCUAUUUGUUGAGCCUUACGAGAAGAUCAACUGGGCCGCAAACAGAGACAGUAUUGCCCCACGGGACAACUACCAUCCCAAGACGUGGCUACUCACCGCUGCAAACUGGGCCAUUGUCAACGUUUGGAACCCGUUUCUGCGCCCCAACUUUCUCAAGAAAAGAGCGGAAGAUUGGGUCAGCAAACUGGUCGACAUGGAGGAUGAGAACACGGAUUACGCGGACCUAGCGCCCGUGAACGGCGCCAUGAACAUAGUUGUUUGCUACAUCAAGGAUGGGCCAGACUCCUACGCCGUCAAGAGACACCGCGAGAGGUUGCAGGAGUUCCUCUGGGUGAACAAAGAAGGCUUGAUGGUCAAUGGCACAAAUGGGGUUCAAUGUUGGGACACGGCUUUUGCCAUCCAGGCUGUGAUGGAUGCCGGCCUGACAGAAGAUCGCCGCUGGAAACCAAUGCUGCUCAAAGCUCUCGAGUUCCUCGACGAUCAGCAGAUCCGUGAGAAUUGCAAGUGGCAGGAGGAAUCCUACAGGCACCCUUGCAAAGGCGCUUGGGGUUUCAGUAAUAAGGACCAAGGCUAUGCCGUCAGCGACUGCAUUUCCGAGGCCCUCAAAUCCGUCAUCAUACUGCAAAAGACUCCGGGCUACCCACAACUCAUCAGUGAUAGGAGAAUCUUCGAUGCGAUUGAUACGCUGCUUACAUACCAGACGGAGGACGGAGGGUGUGCCUCGUACGAACUGCCACGUGGUAGUGAGAAGUUGGAGAUGCUGAACGCAGCCGAGGUCUUUGGGCGCAUCAUGGUGGAGUAUCUGUACCCCGAAUGUACCACCGCUUGUGUCACAGCCCUGUCGCUCUUCCACAAGCACUGGCCGGACUACAGAGCUUCCGAGGUCAAAACGUUCAUUCACAAGGCUGUAAACUGGAUCAAGACAGAUCAGAGGCCGGAUGGUAGUUGGUAUGGCAGCUGGGGCAUUUGUUUCACCUAUGCUGGUAUGUUUGCCUUGGAGAGUCUGGCUAGCAUCGGUGAGACCUAUCAGGACAGUGAGAGCUCGAGGAAGGGCUGCGACUUCUUGGUGUCCAAGCAGCGUGAGGACGGUGGUUGGUCUGAAAGCUACAGAGCUUGCGAGGAAGCCGAGUAUAUUGAGCAUCCCAUGGGAUCACUUGUGGUACAGACGGCAUGGGCCAUUAUUGGUCUUAUGAAGGCUGACUAUCCACAUAUCGAACCCAUCCGCAAAGGCGUGAAGCUCAUUAUGCAACGUCAGCAGCCCAACGGCGAGUGGCUUCAGGAGGCCAUCGAGGGCGUAUUCAACAAGAGCUGCAUGAUUUCGUAUCCAAACUACAAGUUCACUUUCACCUUGAAGGCUCUUGGCAUGUUUGCCAAAAGAUACCCGAACGAGACGGUUAUCUGA